AUGCAAAUCUUUGUAAAAACACUUACUGGCAAAACUAUUACACUUGAAGUUGAACCAAGUGAUACAAUCGAAAAUGUUAAAGCCAAGAUUCAAGACAAAGAAGGUAUUCCACCUGAUCAACAACGUCUCAUCUUUGCUGGCAAACAACUUGAAGAUGGUCGAACAUUAAGUGAUUAUAAUAUUCAAAAGGAAAGUACUCUUCACUUAGUCCUUCGAUUACGUGGUGGUAUGCAAAUUUUUGUUAAAACACUUACUGGCAAAACAAUUACACUCGAAGUUGAACCAAGUGACACUAUUGAAAAUGUUAAAGCAAAAAUUCAAGACAAGGAAGGAAUUCCACCUGAUCAACAACGUCUUAUUUUUGCUGGUAAACAACUCGAAGAUGGUCGAACAUUGAGUGAUUAUAAUAUUCAAAAGGAAAGUACUCUUCACUUAGUUCUUCGAUUACGUGGUGGUAUGCAAAUUUUUGUCAAAACUCUUACCGGCAAGACAAUUACACUUGAAGUCGAACCAAGUGACACUAUCGAAAAUGUUAAAGCAAAAAUCCAAGACAAAGAAGGAAUUCCACCUGAUCAACAACGACUUAUCUUCGCCGGCAAACAACUUGAAGAUGGUCGAACAUUAAGUGAUUAUAACAUUCAAAAGGAAAGUACUCUUCACUUGGUCCUUCGAUUACGUGGUGGUAUGCAAAUUUUUGUUAAAACACUUACUGGCAAAACAAUAACACUCGAAGUUGAACCAAGUGACACCAUUGAAAAUGUUAAAGCCAAGAUUCAAGACAAAGAAGGAAUUCCACCUGAUCAACAACGACUUAUCUUCGCUGGCAAACAACUUGAAGAUGGUCGAACAUUAAGUGAUUAUAACAUCCAAAAGGAAAGUACACUUCAUCUUGUACUUCGAUUACGUGGUGGUGAUGAUCAAUAA